AUGUCAGCUGCGGCGGUGCUCGCGAGAGCUUCGAUGAGGGGGGUAAGCGUCAAGGGUGCGCUCGGUGGGUUCAGGACACAGACUGCUGCUGCGCGGAGAAUACCAGCGCUGUCAGCCCUCGCCCGCUACUAUGCCGCCAAAUCAUACCCUUCGCACACAGUCAUCUCCAUGCCCGCCCUCUCACCUACGAUGACCGCGGGAAAUAUCGGCGCAUGGAACAAGCAGCCCGGCGACUCCCUUGCCCCGGGUGAGGUAUUGGUCGAGAUCGAGACGGACAAGGCACAGAUGGACUUCGAGUUCCAGGAAGAUGGUGUCUUGGCCAAGAUCUUGAAGGAGAGUGGUGAGAAGGAUGUUCCAGUUGGCAAUCCCAUCGCCGUCAUGGUCGAAGAUGCCUCCGACGUCGAGGCCUUCGCAGACUUCAGCUUGGAGGACGCAGGAGGUGACAAGGCCAAGCCGGCAGAGGACAAGAAGGGCGGCCAAGAAGAGUCUAUGGCAUCCGAGCCACCAUCAUCUGGAUCCAACACUGCACCGGCAGCAAAGUCGGACUCGGCGCCCGCCUCACAAGAAACCGAGUCGGAGUCCUCCGGCGAGCGAUUACAACCCACCAUCAGCCGAUGGAAAGGUCCACAAGCCGCUCAAGCCCCUGCUGCAGCAGCAGCUCCAGCAGCGCCCGCAUCGGGCGCCGCACCAACCUACGAAGACAUCCCGGCCUCUAGCAUGCGCAAGACAAUCGCCGCCCGCCUCACCCAAUCCAUGAACGAAAACCCACACUACUUCGUUGCCUCCGCCGUCUCCGUAACCAAACUCAUGAAACUCCGCGCCGCCCUCAACGCCUCCGCAGACGGCAAAUACAAGCUCUCCGUCAACGAUUUCCUCAUCAAAGCCGUCGCCGUGGCAGCCAAAAAGGUCCCAGCAGCCAACAGCUCAUGGCGUGAGGUAAACGGCCAAGUCGUGAUCCGCCAACACAACGUCGUAGACGUCUCCGUCGCCGUCGCCACCCCAAUCGGUCUCAUGACCCCCAUCGUCAAAAACGUCACCGGAUCCGGCCUCGAGAGCAUCAGUGGCGCGAUUAAAGACCUCGGCAAACGAGCCCGCGACGGUAAACUCAAGCCCGAGGAGUACCAAGGCGGCACCAUCACCAUCUCCAACAUGGGCAUGAAUGACGCCAUCGAUCGCUUCACGGCUGUUAUCAACCCGCCACAAGCUACGAUCGUGGCCGUGGGCGCGGUGAAGAAGGUGGCGAUUCCGAAGGAGGGGAUGGAUGGGGAGGUCGAGGGGAUCGAGUGGGACGACCAGAUCGUACUGACUGGGUCUUUCGACCACAAGGUCGUUGAUGGGGCGGUGGGAGGGGAGUUCAUGAGGGAGUUGAAGAAGGUGGUUGAGAACCCGCUGAACAUGGCACUAUGA